CCAAGAUGGCGGCGCCCAGUAACGCUGAUCAUUCGCCCGAAAUAUCUACGCCGUUGAAGACCCCUAAAACCGAAGUUCCGUCUCCAGAAUCAGAAGAUUUGAGCGAUAGCAACCAGUAUCAUUCCAACCCGUCUACGCCCAACCGUUUCUCGCCGCUCAACGUGGGUCUCUCCUUUACUGGAGGCGCAGGCCGAAGUGGAUCGGCCUCGGCUUCCAACAGCUUCACCGCCUGCCGGGGCAUGUCGUGGACUCCGUCCGAAACAAAUGCCCUGAUCGCCGUAUGGGGCAACGAAAGGCUAACCGAGGCGCGGAUGCAGCAGUUGGAGGUCGCAGGUACCGUGUUUUCCGGAAAGGCGCCGGGGCCAGCUAUGUACGAGCGGGUAUCCAGAGCCUUAGCAGAGCUCGGCUAUGAAAGGACCCCGUCCCAAUGCCGGGAGAGGAUGAAGACGCUGCGGCGGUGUUACAGCCGCGUAAAGGAGCACGGCAUCGGCAAGAGGAAGAGCAGCUACUCCAUCGAACAGCUGGAGAAGGUGUUCGGCCAGGGGGGCUGGGACUCCCAGACCUGCCAGCCCGUCCUAAUCAACAGCAGCGGCUUGUAUCAGGAGAUGGAGUCGGACGGCAGCACCAUGGAGGAUUACUCCCAGGAGGACUGGUGCAACCAGGAGCUGUCCGCCUUCCAGGAGGGCGAGAUCGAGGCCGAGGAAAUCCAGCUUCCAAAGAACCGAGUCCUGCAGCUGAGACAGGAAUCGUCAGAAGACCUCCAGCGACAGGAAGUGAUGCAGAACGUGGUGCGCAUCCUGGAGUCGGUGCAUGUCAAGUGGGAGCACUUCCAGACGUGGACGGACUUCUCCCGCCUGCACCUGUCCAACAAGCUGGCCAUCUUCGGCGUGGGCUACAACACGCGCUGGCGGGAGGAGAUCCGCUACCACUACGCCGAGAUCAGCUCGCAGGUGCCGCUGGGCAAGCGUCUGCGCGAGUACUUCAACCCGGAGAAGGCCGAGGGCCGCGUCGUCAUGACCAAGGUGCAGAAGAUGAACUGGAAGAACGUCUACUACAAGUUCCUGGACAUCACCAUCAGCGAGGCGCGCUGCCUGGAGCUGCACAUGGAGGUGGACUGGAUCCCCGUGGCGCGGUCGCGCGUGGCCAGCUGCGGGGAGAGUGCGCAGUACCUGCUGCCCGGCGGCAUCCCCAAAACCUACGGCCUGUACGCCAUCGGGUACGAGGAGGAGGAGGCUGCCCCGGCCCCCGCCCCAUCCAGCCCGGGGGACGGGCCCUCGUCGCCCGAGCCCAGCGAGCCCGACCCCGGCCUGACCCAGACGGAGCCGCCGGGGAAGGAGGGGGCGUUGUCGGCGACCUCCAAAGUGACUUACUGCUACCUGGGCAUUGCAGAGGACAGGACCCUGCAGCAGUGCCUCGUCCAGCACUUUCAGAGCUCGGGGAAGUACUACGGCAGGGGGGAGCCCUCUGCGGUCACGAAGUUCCUGCUGGCAAACUGCGGCCUCCAGCCCAAGGAAGGGGGCUCCCCCCGAGCGGCCAUUUACAUCAAAUUCAUUGAGGUGGAGUUGGACUUUCUUUCGGCGGGGUCACUUGUGGAAUGUCUAGAAAUCGCCAUUGGUUACUCCUUAAAAUUUAACAAGAAGGAGACAUUGUAACAACUCCCCCACCUCCUUGUUUUUCCAGUGACAUGGAAAAAUGUCUGUAUUUGCCCCCCCCCCCCCCCAACUUUUGCAGCUACGCUUUUAUCAGGGAGUCUGUCUGUAUCUUUCAGAUGGGAUUGAUAAUCUGGGGCAGGGCCUCUGCGGGGGGGGCGGGGGCAGUGAGAGGAGGGUGCGGUCAUGUGAUUUUACAACUGCCUUUUUCUUGCCCUUGUUAUUGAAGUGUAACUUCAGCCAACGUGCCAGAUAAGACCCCUAGGUAAAGCUGA